AUUAUGCAACCCGCCUCCUGGCCCAGCGGAGCUUCCACUCGGCUGCGGCUGCAACGGAGGUGGGCAAGCGGCCGGAGGGCGCUCGCGCGGCCAGGUACCCGCUGUGAUCGGACUUCUCAAUCCUCAGAGGCGCGGGACUCCCAACUCACUUUCUCAGCCCGGCUCCUGGCCCCCUUGUGCAUCUGUGGUUGCCUCCGCCUUCCUUGUUCUCCUGCCCUUCCCAUGGCCCAGAUAUGAGUGGCUCCCUAGAAGGGGGCAAUGGGGGAGGAGACCUCAGGACAGGGGAAUCCUUUUGUCCUGGAGGAACCCCAUCCCCUGGGCCUCCCCAGCACAGGCCUUGUCCAGGUCCCAGCUUGGCUGAUGACACGGAUGCCAACAGCAAUGGCUCAAGUGGCAAUGAGUCCAACGGGCCAGAGUCUAGGGGUGCAUCUCAGCGGAGCUCACAUAGCUCCUCCUCUGGCAAUGGCAAGGACUCAGCACUGCUGGAGACUACUGAGAGUAGUAAGAGCACAAACUCUCAGAGCCCAUCCCCACCCAGCAGUUCCAUUGCCUACAGCCUCCUGAGUGCCAGCUCAGAGCAGGACAACCCAUCUACCAGUGGCUGCAGCAGUGAACAGUCAGCCCGGGCAAGGACUCAGAAGGAGCUCAUGACAGCACUGAGGGAGCUGAAGCUUAGACUGCCACCAGAGCGCCGGGGCAAGGGCCGCUCUGGGACCCUGGCCACACUACAGUAUGCUCUGGCCUGUGUCAAGCAGGUGCAAGCCAACCAGGAAUACUACCAACAGUGGAGCCUGGAUGAGGGGGAGCCUUGUGCCAUGGACAUGUCUACCUAUACUCUGGAGGAGCUGGAGCAUAUCACAUCUGAGUACACACUUCGCAACCAGGAUACCUUCUCCGUGGCUGUCUCCUUCCUGACAGGCCGCAUCGUCUACAUUUCGGAGCAGGCAGGUAUCCUGCUGCGCUGCAAGCGGGAUGUGUUCCGGGGUGUCCGCUUCUCAGAGCUCCUGGCUCCCCAGGAUGUGGGAAUUUUCUAUGGUUCCACUGCCCCAUCCCGCCUGCCCACAUGGGGCACUGGAGCCUCUGCAGGUUCAAGCCACAAAGACUUUACCCAAGAGAAGUCUGUUUUCUGCCGUAUCAGAGGAGGGCCUGACCGGGAUCCGGGACCUCGGUACCAGCCUUUCCGACUAACCCCAUAUGUUACCAAGAUCCGGGUCUCAGAUGGGGCUCCUGCGCAGCCAUGCUGCCUGCUCAUUGCAGAGCGCAUCCACUCGGGUUAUGAAGCUCCUCGAAUCCCCCCAGACAAGAGAAUCUUCACUACCCGGCAUACACCAAGCUGCCUCUUCCAGGAUGUGGAUGAAAGGGCUGCCCCACUGCUGGGCUAUCUCCCCCAGGACCUCCUGGGGGCCCCAGUGCUCCUGUUCCUACAUCCCGAAGAUCGGCCCCUCAUGCUAGCCAUCCACAAGAAAAUCCUACAGCUGGCUGGCCAGCCCUUUGAUCACUCCCCUAUCCGAUUCUGUGCUCGUAAUGGGGAGUACGUCACCAUGGACACCAGUUGGGCUGGCUUCGUUCACCCAUGGAGCCGCAAGGUGGCCUUUGUGUUGGGUCGCCAUAAAGUACGCACGGCACCCUUGAAUGAGGAUGUGUUCACACCCCCAAACCCCAGCCCAGCUUUAUCCCUGGACCCAGAUAUUCAAGAGCUCUCUGAGCAGAUCCAUCGACUGCUGUUACAGCCCGUGCACAGCCCCAGCACCACAGGGCUCUGUGGAGUUGGCCCAGUGACAUCCCCAGGUCCUCUUCUUAGUCCCAGCUCCUCCAGUGAUAGCAAUGGGGGAGAUGCUGAGGGGCCUGGGCCCCCUGCCCCGGUGACCUUCCAGCAGAUCUGCAAGGAUGUCCAUUUGGUGAAGCAUCAGGGACAGCAGGUCUUUAUUGAAUCCAGGGCCAGGCCUCUGUCCCAGUCCCGCCUCCCUGCUACAGGUACAUUCAAGGCCAAGACCCUUCCCUGUCAGCCCUCAGACCCAGAGCUCGAGGUGGCUUCUGCUUCAAUUCAGGCCCCACUAGCCUUAGCCCCUGAGGACACUGACAGGAAAGAAGCCUCUAGCUGCUCCUACCAGCAGAUCAACUGCUUGGACAGCAUCCUCAGGUACCUGGAGAGCUGCAACAUUCCCAGCACUACCAAGCGUAAAUGUGCCUCCUCCUCCUCCUGCACUGCCUCCUCAGCCUCUGAUGAUGACAAGCAGAGGACAGAUCCAGUCCCUGUGGGCGCCAAGAAAGAUCCAUCGGCAGUGCUGUCUGGGGAGGGGGCCACCCCUCAGAAGGAGCCCGUGGUGGGAGGCACCCUGAGCCCUCUUGCCCUGGCCAAUAAGGCGGAGAGCGUGGUGUCCGUCACCAGUCAGUGUAGCUUCAGCUCUACCAUCGUCCAUGUAGGAGACAAGAAGCCCCCGGAGUCGGAUAUCAUCAUGCUGGAGGACUUGCCUGGCCUGACUCAGGGCCCAGCCCCCAGCCCAGCCCCCAGCCCUAUGGUAGCCCCUGAUCCAGCCCCAGAUGCCUACCGCCCAGUGGGCCUGACCAAGGCAGUGCUGUCCCUGCACACACAGAAGGAGGAACAGGCCUUCCUCAGCCGCUUCCGUGAUCUUGGCAGGCUGCGUGGACUCGAUGGCUCCUCCACGGCCCCCUCGGCCCCUGGUGAGAGAGGCUGCCACCAUGGCCCUGCACCCCUUGGCCGCCGACACCACUGCCGAUCCAAAGUCAAGCGCUCACGCCACCACCAGACCCUUCGGAAUGAAGCGCCAUGCUAUGUCUCCCACCCCUCCCCUGCGCCACCUUCUGCCCCCUGGCCGCCUCCACCGGCCACUACUCCCUUUCCAGCUGUGGUCCAGCCCUACCCACUCCCAGUGUUCUCCUCUCGAGGAAGUCCCCAGCCUCUUCCCCCUGCCCCCACAUCAGUGCCCCCUACAGCUUUCCCUGCCCCCUUGGUGACCCCAAUGGUGGCUUUGGUGCUCCCUAACUAUCUAUUCCCAACCCCAUCUAGCUAUCCCUAUGGAGUAGCCCAGACCUCCGCAGAGGGACCUCCAACCCCUGCCUCCCACUCCCCUUCUCCAUCCCUGCCCCCACUGCCCCCCAGCCCUCCCCACUGCCCAGACUCUCCACCAUUCAACUCAAGAUGUAGCUCCCCACUCCAACUUAAUCUGCUGCAGCUUGAGGAGCCCCCCCGAGCUGAAGGGGGUAAUGUUGCAGGGGGCCCUGGGAGCAGUUCUGGGCCACCGCCUCCCAGUGAGGAGGCUGCUGAACCGGAGGCCAGACUGGCAGAGGUAAAUGAAUCCUCCAAUCAGGAUGCACUUUCGGGCUCCAGUGACCUGCUGGAGUUGCUGCUGCAGGAGGACUCUCGCUCUGGCACAGGCUCUGCUGCCUCAGGCUCCUUGGGCUCUGGCUUGGGCUCUGGGACUGGUUCAGGCUCCAAUGAGGGUGGCAGCACCUCAGCCAGCAUCACACGCAGCAGUCAGAGCAGCCACACAAGCAAGUACUUUGGCAGCAUUGACUCUUCUGAGGCUGAGGCUGGGGCUGCCCAGGCCAGGGCUGAGCCUGGGGAUCAGGUCAUUAAGUAUGUGCUCCAGGACCCCAUCUGGCUGCUCAUGGCCAAUGCUGACCAGCGUGUCAUGAUGACCUACCAGGUGCCCUCCAGGGACAUGGCCUCUGUGCUGAAACAGGACCGAGAGCGACUCCGAGCCAUGCAGAAACAGCAGCCUCGGUUCUCAGAGGACCAACGGAGGGAACUGGGUGCUGUGCACUCUUGGGUUCGGAAAGGCCAGCUACCUCGGGCCCUUGAUGUCAUGGCCUGUGUAGACUGUGGUAGUAGCACCCAAGAUCCUGGCCACCCUGAUGACCCACUCUUCUCGGAGCUGGAUGGACUGGAGCUGGAGCCCAUGGAGGAGGGUGGAGGCGAGGGUGGUUGUACUGGUGGUGAGGGUGAGGGUGGAGAUGAAUCCCAGGCCCAAGCUGGGAUCAUGGUUUCAAGUUCUCAGGACCUGGCCAUGGAAGAGGAAGAACAAGGUGGGAGCUCAUCCAGUCCAGCCUUAUCUGCCGCCAAAACAAGCACCAGCUAAACUACAUUUGGGGGCCACGUCUGGGAGUGCAUGAGAAGCUUCCUUCUUCCAUGUCCCAACUCUCAGAUUCAGAUGUGGCUGGACCAACCAAUAGAAAACUGCCCCAGCUUAUCCCAGUCGGGGGCCGGACCCCCAUCAUCAGCUGGGGAUCAAGGGGCUGCCUCUGGUCUUUUAGGGAGCAGAGGGGUAGAACUCUUCAGUUCAACUCAGAGCAGCCUCACCUCCCACCCCUGGUGAAGUCCUUUCUCUUGGACAAAGUUGCAGACAAGCUGCUGAAGUGGUCUUUCCAAAUCCCAGCUGAGCCCAAGUCUGGGUAGGAGGGUUGGGACUACACUUAUUUAUUGGGGGAAACAGCUCUCUCUCCCUUCAGAUGGGAGAAGGGUCUGAAGCCCAAGCAGGACCCAGCAGUCCGAACCCCUAGCUGCUCCAGGGUGGGGGACGUUGGUGGACCAUGGAGUCCCUGGUGCUGCCCCUCAGGUGGGACCCAGGUGUUCUCAGCUGUACCCUCUACCGAUGGCAUUUGUGUUUUUGAUAUUGUGUCUGUUGUUAUUUUUUUUUUAAUACAAAAAACAAACA